UCCUCUGAAAUCCGAAAUUGACCCUUUUUCUAUAUACCUUUCCUUCGCACCUAAGCUUGAUUUUUCACCCAUCGCUGCAGAAAGACUUAGCAGGUGCAAAACAAGACGUGUGUACUCUGUCUGUAAAGGAACGGAAUAAAUAUAGUGAAAAUUUAAACUUAAAGUUGUAUUAAAAUAAUUCAUCAUGAUAUUUAUAAGGUAUCAAGGACUUGAGCAGAUGUGUUUAAACGUCAUUGCAACUAAUUUAGAUAGAUUCAUUGUAGCAAGCAAUAUACCACAAUCCCAAAUGUAUUUCUUUCGUCAGUUUUAUUCUGACAAGUUAUACAAACUGUUGAAGACAAAAUUUUCAAUGAAUGAAAAAUAUUUUCACUGGUUACUCUCACCAUAUUGGAAAGAAAUUGCUUUCCGAGAUUUUUUGUCACCUGAUACAUUCAAGAAGCUCCAAGCUGUAGGAGGAUUUGUAACAUCUCUCUGUUUGAAGUAUUCACUUGCAAAUGAUGAUAUGCUUUUUGCUAUUAUUUCUUGUGUGCCAAAUGUCAAGCAUCUUGAUUUAACUGAAACAAAUUGUUCUGAUAAAGUUGUAGCUUUCAUUAGGAAAGCAUGUCCAUUUCUUGUUUCCCUUAACCUAGAAAGCUGCUCAAAUGUAACAGAUGAAGGAGUGAUAAGGUUAAGCAGUUCAGACAAGCAAUUUCCAAACUAUGAUAAUCUAAAAUUCUUAAAUAUUAAACAUACAAGUGUUUCCUAUUGUGGUGUAAUUUUUAUCCUGCAACAUUUACCAUCUCUUCAGUACGUAAAAUAUGAUCAUUUUGCAACUGCCUUGCAUCUCUUGCAUUCGGGACAACUUCAUGAGAGUUCACAAAAAAAGUAUAACCUAGCAUUGUUUGAACAUACAUUUGCAGCUAAGGCAGCAAUAGGUGAUGUAUUAGAAACUUGGACAGUGUUGUGUCCAAAAGUAACAAAUGCUAUUAUUCAUGAUAUGCCAUCAGAAUAUGAAUUUAGAUUGUUACAAAAGUUUAGUCAUUUGAAAAAGCUUGCAGUGUCUUUCCCAUGUCGAUAUAUACCAUCGUGUACAAGAUUCUUUAUACAGAUAUCUCCGUACCUUACAUGCAAUGGACAUAUGCUUACAGUUUUAAAGUUUCGAAAUGUUACAGUAUCAGUGAAAGAGCUGACAAAAUUCUGUCCUAACUUACAAUGUUUACAUUUAUUGGAAGUUAUGUAUGCAGAUUUUGAAGAGAAAGAUUUACAUGAAGAACAACAUAGGCUUGAAAAUUUAGAGACAUUAAAAUUAUUUAACACAAAUUUGCAAUAUAACUUUAAAUCAUUUAAUUUAUUAUUUACUUCAGCCAAGAAAUUGAAAAAACUGUACUUUAAGUUUAUAGAAGAGUUUUCUGAAAAAAUUGCUGAUCUGAUUUUAAAUUCUUCACAAACUUUAACAGAGGUUAAUUUUAUAUACACUGAUAUAAGAUCUACCUCUUUGAAAAAAUUCUUUGCCCUGCCUAAUAUCUACAAAAUACGUUCAGACACAAACAGAUUUAUACCAUAUGAGAACAAUACUGUGUUGUUGAAUCCACUUAACCACACUGAAUCUCGAAAUACUCUGUCUUGGCAAGAAGAAUAUGUAGAAAACUGUUCGUCUGAUGAAACUUCUGGAGAUGAUAUGUAUUAACAGUAAAAGCAAGGAAAUAAAUGUAUAAAAAUUGAAUCUUAAAUUAUAAAUAUUUAGUAUUCAUUUAAGUGUUAAAAAUAGCAUUUUAUUGGCAGCUAAAAGUUCAUACAUUGAAAAAUUAUUUUUAAAUAUCAUUUGUACUCAUUCAGUUAUAAUGUGAUGGACAUAUAUGCCAUAACUGCCAACUCUACCGUUUCUCAUGACAUUUCUCGGUUGAUUACUGAAUCCCCAAUUUUUAAUUUUGACUUUAAUCAGAAAAAUAUUUUCCAAUAAUAAAUGAAAUUCACUGAAUUAAUAAAACUAAGAUUUGUCCAAAUUCCAUUUCCCUGACCCUAAUGGAUUUUCCGUAUAAUUUUUUAAAUAAAUUUUACUUAGUAUGAUUCUGUUUAUUGUAGAUAUCUGUAGAACUUGUUUUGAAGUUUCAAACAAUAUACAAUCAGUUAAUAUUUGUAUUUAACUUUGUUUUACAUCAAGAAAUGAUUCACUUAAUUUACACACACAAUAUUAAAAAAAAAUUGCUAUUUUUUUUUCAUCAUAUUUAAAACUACUUUGAUAAAUAAAAGCUUUCCUUUCCUAUUUCUCAGUAUA